CCCGGUCCCCAUGGAGCAGCUGCUGCGCUCAGAGCUGCGCACCCGGACCCUGCGGGCCUUCGGGAGCCCGGGGGCCGGCUGCAUCAGCGAGGGCCGCGCCUACGACACAGACGCGGGCCCGGUGUUCGUCAAGGUCAACCGCAGGACUCAGGCCCGGCAGAUGUUUGAGGGGGAGAUGGCCAGCCUGGAGGCCCUCCGGGGCACAGGUCUGGUGCGGGCGCCUCGGCCAGUCAAGGUGAUCGACCUACCAGGAGGAGGGGCCGCGUUCGUGAUGGAGCACCUGAAGAUGAGGGGUUUGAGCAGUCAGGCAUCGAAACUUGGAGAACAAAUGGCAGAUUUGCACCUUUACAACCAGAAACUCGGGGAGAAGUUGAAGCAGAAGGAAAGUACAGUGGGCAGAAUGGCUGGGAAUGCUGAGCCCCAGUACGUGACCAAGUUUGGCUUCCACACAGUGACUUGCUGCGGCUUCAUCCCACAGGUGAAUGAGUGGCAGGAGGACUGGCCGACCUUCUUCACCCGGCACCGGCUCCAAGCGCAGCUGGACCUCAUUGAGAGGGACUACGCCGACAGAGAAGCACGGGAGCUCUGGUCACAGCUACAGGUGAAGAUCCCGGAUCUGUUCUGUGGCCUGGAUAUCACUCCUGCCUUGCUCCAUGGGGACCUCUGGUCGGGAAAUGUGGCAGAGGAUGAUGCCGGACCCAUCAUUUACGACCCAGCUUCCUUCUACGGCCACUCAGAGUUUGAACUGGCAAUCGCCUUGAUGUUUGGGGGUUUUCCCAGGUCCUUCUUCACCGCCUACCACAGGAAGCUCCCCAAGGCCCCUGGCUUCGACCAGCGGCUGCAGCUCUACCAGCUCUUUAACUACCUAAACCACUGGAACCACUUUGGCAGAGAAUACCGCAGCCCGACCCUGGGCACCAUGAGGAAGCUUCUGAAGUAGCGGCUGCUG